AACAUCUAUUGUAAAAGAUAUUAUUAUAUUGAUUUCAUGAGUAAUGAAUAUUUGUGAACUUAUGGACUUUUAUUUCAGUCUAUGUCACAUGGGCGUAUUACUUCACUGAGUGUUUUGACUGCUCAUUUUUGAUUUAAUUUUAAUCAGUUCCAAGUUGGGAAAAUUGUUUAUAUACCAUCCAGUGGUAUAUAAAAAGUUACAAUGAAUCCUUCAACUAAAAAAAUCAAGUUUUUGAAGAGUUCCACAAUCAAACAUUGUAAAUGUCAACUAAACCCCGCAAUUGACAAUUUUGAUUUUCAUUAUUAUUUCAAAUGUACUUGAUACCGGUAUUAAAUGUUCAGUAAACUGUUGAUUUUCCUUAUAAUUUCCCUUUAUAUAUAUCUGUCCUGUGGUGAAACAUCUUUGAUAAUUUUGCUUUCUCACUGGAAUUGUUCCUGUGUAAAUUUAUUGUUUCUGUGUUUGUCCAAUCAUAGCUUAGGAUUAUACUGUAGAUUGUAAUAUUGGACAACUAUUUCAUGAUCUAGAUUCCAGGGAUUCUAAUGUGAAAUGGAUGUUUUUCUGACAAUUCGUCGGCAGAAGACUACGAUCUUCACUGAUGCCAAGGAGUCAACUACAGUAUUAGAGUUGAAGAAAAUUAUCGGGGGGAUCUUGAAGGUUUCACCGGAAGAUCAAAUGUUAUACAAAGAAGAUCAACAAUUGGAUGAUAACAAAAGCUUAGCAGACAGCGGAUUUACCUCACAAACAGCUAAAGCCCAAACUCCUGGAAUACUUGGACUUGCAGUAAGAGAGGGUGAUGCAUUUGAAAAUUUAACAAUCGAACCGUACUCUUCACCUCCUGAACUUCCAGAUGUAAUGAAGACGCACGAUGGAAUUGCAGACCAGAAAAAAUAAUUAGUAUCUCGUUUGCAUUUUGUAGUUAAUCCGUGCAGAUGUUUAUGUCACCCAGGUUGUCCGCCAUUUCUCCAACAAUGUGUAUUAUUUUUGUUGCUAAAUUUUUUAUGAGAACGAUUGAAUUAAAUAUAAUCAUCCACCGUGGUGGAUUGUCAUA